AACGCAUAACAUGACUUCCUUGGUAGCUGACUAUGGCUCGGCCUCAGAUUCAGACGAGGAAUACGACCCAAAGAAUCAUGCACUUUCCGAGUCUGGACCAAAGCCAAGUCAAAUAACUGAAAAGAGUUCUUAUGGUGGAAAUCUUCUGGGACUUCAUGAUCAGUCAGAUGACAGUUCUUCUGGUGAAGAUGUUAAUAACAAACAAAGAGUGCUUGGUGAUUUAAAGGAGCAACCUCGAGACAAAUCCCUCCCAAAUCCAUUUGGUAAUGCCAUGAAACUGCCAGCACCGUCAUUAAAUGUGGAAAAAGAGCAAGGAGGGAAGGGUUUAGAGAACUCCGUUUUUGCCAACCCAUUUGAAAAAGCUAGACAAGCUAAACUGUCAGUCCUUGAGAAGCAUGUUAAAAUGACAGAGACUGAGGAGCAAGCUCAAAGUAGCACCUCAAACAGAAAUGUUUGUUACAAAUUUCUGAAAGGAAAAUGUCAUUUUGGUGAUAAAUGCAGGUUUUAUCAUGAGAGAGAUAAUGUUCACAACAUUUCCCAACCAGUAGCUGGUCAUCAAAAUCAGUUUAAUGCUGGCAGAUAUAAUCAGACUGGUAAUUUUGAGUUAUUAAACUUUGAACAGGAUCAACAAGAUGAAGAUGGUUACAUGGCCAACAUGAAACGUAAAAAACGUGCUGGUAUAAAUGACCACUUGGUUCCACCUAAGAAGGCAUUACAAAGUUUAGGACAACAAAGAGCAAAAGAAAGACCAUGGACAGUUGGAACAUAGUUAUAAAAAAAAA